AUGGUGUUUAUCGCGUCACCCAACCGCAAAACCCUAGCCAUAGAUGUAAACCCUAACACUACCACUCUCCAUCACCUCAAACUCGCAAUCCAACAAACCCUAACCCUUCCAAUUUCCCAACAGCGCCUCUUCCUCUCUCAGAGUCACCGAUUAACCGCCGUUAAUCACGACGACGAUGAUUCGGUUCUCAUCUCCGAUCUUGGCGUCGGACCCUACUCAUCCGUAACCCUCCAUGUCCCCCUGCUCGGCGGCACCAAUCCUCCGGCGGUGCCCAAACCCCGCUUCGAUUUCCUCAACUCCAAGCCCCCUUCCAACUAUGUCGCCGGACUUGGACGUGGUGCCACCGGAUUCACCACUCGUUCCGAUAUUGGUCCCGCAAGGGCUGCCCCUGACCUACCGGACCGCUCCGCUACCACCAUUGGUGGAACUGCCGGCGCCGGACGGGGGCGAGGGAAGCCCGGCGAAGAGGAGGAUGAUGACGAAGGAGAGGACAAAGGGUAUGACGAGAAUCAAAAGUUCGACGAGUUUGAAGGGAACGAUGUUGGAUUAUUCGCCUCUGCGGAAUACGAUGAGGAUGACAAAGAAGCCGACGCGGUUUGGGAAGCUAUUGAUAAGAGGAUGGAUUCACGGAGGAAGGAUAGGAGGGAGGCCAGGUUGAAGCAGGAGAUUGAGAAAUAUCGUGCAUCUAACCCUAAGAUCACGGAGCAGUUUGCUGAUUUGAAGAGGAAGUUGUAUACACUUUCUUCGGAGGAUUGGCAGAGUCUUGAGAAGUUUGAAAGUGGGGGUUAUUCGUCCAGGAACAAGAAAAAGAGGUUUGAGAGUUUUGUGCCUGUGCCUGAUACUCUUCUCGAGAAGGCAAGGCAGGAACAAGAGCAUGUGACAGCGUUGGAUCCAAAGAGUAGGGCUGCUAAUGGAACGGAGACUCCUUGGGCACAAACCCCAGUUACUGAUUUGACUGCUGUUGGUGAGGGUAGAGGUACUGUGUUAUCUUUGAAGUUGGAUAGGCUGUCAGAUUCGGUUUCUGGGAUGACGAAUGUGGAUCCCAAAGGGUAUUUGACCGUGCUUAAUAGUAUGAAGAUUACUAGUGAUGCUGAGAUUUCGGAUUUCAAGAAGGCUAGGUUGCUGCUCAAGAGUGUUACUCAGACGAAUCCGAAGCACCCUCCAGGUUGGAUUGCGGCUGCUAGGCUGGAGGAGUUGGCAGGGAAACUUCAGGCAGCUAGGCAGCUGAUACAGAAAGGGUGUGAGGAGUGUCCCAAGAACGAGGAUGUGUGGCUGGAGGCUUGUAGGCUGGCUAAUCCGGAUGAGGCAAAGGCGGUGAUUGCAAGGGGUGUUAAGUCGAUUCCCAAUUCGGUGAAAUUGUGGAUGCAGGCUGCGAAGUUGGAGCAUGAUGAUGCGAACAGGAGUAGGGUUUUGAGAAAGGGGCUGGAGCACAUUCCUGAUUCGGUUAGGCUGUGGAAGGCUGUUGUGGAGCUUGCUAAUGAGGAGGAUGCUAGGCUUUUGCUUCACAGGGCCGUGGAGUGUUGUCCCUUGCAUGUUGAAUUGUGGCUUGCACUUGCGAGGUUAGAGACAUAUGACAAUGCUAAGAAGGUUCUUAAUAGGGCAAGGGAGAGGCUACCCAAAGAGCCAGCUAUAUGGAUAACAGCUGCGAAGUUGGAAGAAGCUAAUGGCAAUACUUCCAUGGUUGGGAAGAUCAUUGAGAGGGGUAUAAGGGCUUUGCAGAGAGAAGGUUUGGUGAUUGAUAGAGAAGCUUGGAUGAAGGAAGCAGAGGCCGCAGAGCGAGCUGGGUCGGUUGUAACUUGCCAAGCAAUAGUCCAUAAUACAAUUGGGAUUGGAGUUGAGGAAGAAGAUAGGAAGAGGACAUGGGUUGCUGAUGCAGAGGAAUGCAAGAAAAGGGGUUCUAUUGAAACAGCCAGAGCUAUAUAUGCUCAUGCUUUGACUGUCUUCUUAACUAAGAAGAGCAUAUGGCUCAAAGCAGCACAGCUGGAAAAGAGUCAUGGUACCAGAGAAUCUCUGGACGCAUUACUUCGUAAAGCAGUUACGUACAGACCACAGGCUGAAGUUCUUUGGCUUAUGGGUGCCAAAGAGAAGUGGCUCGCUGGAGAUGUGCCUGCGGCUCGGGCUAUCCUCCAAGAAGCUUAUGCUGCCAUUCCCAAUUCUGAGGAAAUAUGGCUUGCUGCUUUCAAGCUUGAAUUUGAAAACCAUGAACCUGAGAGAGCUAGGAUGUUGUUGGCUAAAGCCAGAGAGAGAGGAGGUACAGAAAGAGUCUGGAUGAAAUCAGCUAUCGUGGAGAGAGAACUGGGGAACAUUGAAGAGGAGAGAAGAUUGUUAGACGAAGGUCUGAAGCAAUUCCCUUCCUUCUUUAAAUUGUGGUUGAUGCUUGGCCAACUAGAGGAGCAGCUUGCAGAGAAUGCAAAGCGACUUGAUCAAUCUGAGAAGCGACUUGAUCACUUGAAGGAAGCUAAGAAGGUCUAUGAAUCUGGGCUGAAAAACUGCCCUAAUUGUGUACCUCUAUGGCUCUCUCUUGCUAAUCUGGAAGAGGAGAUGAAUGGACUGAGUAAAGCUCGUGCAGUUCUCACAAUGGCUAGAAAGAAGAAUCCUCAAAACCCUGAACUCUGGCUAGCUGCUGUUAGAGCGGAAUUGAAGCAUGGAUAUAAGAAAGAAGCUGAUAUUUUGAUGGCAAAGGCGCUACAAGAGUGUCCUAACAGUGGUAUUCUGUGGGCAGCAUCUAUUGAGAUGGUUCCUCGUCCCCAGCGUAAAACCAAGAGUGUGGAUGCCAUCAAGAAAUGUGACCAUGAUCCCCAUGUUAUUGCUGCUGUGGCCAAAUUAUUCUGGCAUGAUAGGAAGGUGGACAAAGCUAGGACUUGGCUGAAUAGGGCUGUGACACUAGCUCCUGACAUUGGGGAUUUCUGGGCAUUGUGCUACAAAUUUGAACUGCAGCAUGGAACCGAGGAGAACCAGAAGGAUGUAUUGAAGAGAUGUGUUUCUGCUGAGCCAAAACAUGGAGAGAAAUGGCAAACAAUCUCAAAAGCAGUUGAGAAUUCUCAUCAACCAACGGAGUCCAUCUUGAAGAAAGUAGUUGUUGCUCUUGGGAAAGAAGAGAAUGCAGCUGAGAAUAAUAAACAUUGA